AUGGCGCAGAGGCUGGGCGAAUGGGCACGGGGGCCCGCCGAGGCCACCGGGCUGUACCGGGCGGUGCUGCUCAGGUCCGCUUCAAUGUACUCAGAGAUCCAGAGGGAGCGGGCAGACAUUGGGGGCCUAAUGGCCCGGCCAGAGUACAGAGAGUGGAACCCAGAGCUCAUCAAGCCCAAGAAGCUGUUGAACCCUGUGAAGGCCUCCCGGAGCCACCAGGAGCUGCACCGUGAGCUGCUCAUGAACCACAGAAGGGGCCUCGGCGUGGACAGUAAGCCAGAGCUGCAGCGUGUCCUGGAGCAUCGCCGCAGGAACCAGCUCAUCAAGAAGAAGAAGGAGGAGCUGGAGGCCAAGCGGCUUCAGUGCCCCUUUGAGCAGGAGCUGCUGAGACGGCAGCAGAGGCUGAACCAGCUGGAAAAACCACCAGAAAAGGAAGAGGAACAUGCCCCCGAGUUUAUCAAAGUCCGGGAAAACCUGCGGAGAAUCGCCACCCUGAGCAGUGAGGAGAGGGCACUGUAG